CCCCGAUCCACAAUGGCACGGGGGAAGGUCGUGGUGGAGCUGUCACCAAUAUCCAAAUGAAACAACCAGAGCUCGAGGCUAUCCUAGCGCUGUGCAAGGCUGCUCCCUUUAUCCAAUCCACCGAGAUUGCGGAACAACUCCUCCAACGACUCUCCCCGUACCUCCCCGAGUCCUAUGCCCAGAUAAUCACACCGUCGCCUAAUCUCCAUGAUAUUGGUCCCUCUCCGCAUGAAGUUCUGACUUGUAGUCUCACCUCCGCAAUCCUGUCUCUUGGUGUCCAUCAUAACGCUCUACGUUCGCAGGUCUCCUCAAUCAUUCACAAAUAUGUAGGGGGUUGGACAUCUGCUGCAGCUGGCCUAUCCGCUGACCAGUUUGACGGUGAUGAUCAGUUCGAAUUUGCAGCUGAUGGCGAGCUGGCAAGGGUCAUGACCCAGAGCAUUUCUUUCCUUGGGUUUCUGAACGCAGCCGCCAAAUACGCGACCUUUUGGAAUGCUUAUGAAAGGCUCCAGCUUGUAGAAGACAUCCGCGCGGCUCUAUCAGAGAAGUUCUUGAUUGCAUUUGAGACCGCCUUGUCAGUCGUGCGCAACGCUCGCUCCCAUCAGCAUGGCUUGAGGGAAUGGAGACGCUUUGCCAAGCACUAUGCAGCCAUUGGCCGACCCCUUGGUGCCAUGAUCCUACACGACUGCUUCCUGAAAUUAGUGGUUGCUUGCGCAUCGCUGUUGGUUGAACCGGCCGACCGAGCUUCAGAGGAGGUAUUGGACUUUCUUCGCUCGUCGUAUCACGGCAACCACAUUCUUAGCGCAACUGCAGAAGAUGCUCUCGCAGAAGGUCUCACCAAGAUUUCUGUCGAAGAGAUGGAACGAUUAGAGAAUGAUUUGGACUACCUCCAGCGAGUAGGAUCUGCAUGGCAACAACGCCAGGCUUCUGCGGUCAAGGCCAAAAUCUUAACCACCUACCUGUGCUGCACCGUCUACAACGAAGAAAUUGCCGACUCUGACCUUCUGAUGACCUGGCUCGAUAGUGCGCUGAACGAUCCAGCACAGACUGCGGAUCUGACUCUGGCGCCGAUCGCGCUCAAGUCUAUGGCUAUUCUUGCGAAACUCUCCAGCCCUAUGGCUUCGGCUCUAGGUCGAUUGCUACCACGAGUUAUCGUUCAAGGUGGUUUCGAUGAGCGGAUAGCGUCCGUAGCCGCUGAUUGCCUCGCCUCCGUUCUCAGUCUUCUGCCGCAGGAUGCAAUUAUCACUACAUUAUACAGCCUAGGAAAUGUCAUCAGCGCAGGUCCCGUUACCGAUCGAACAGCUUCCCCUUCCCUGAAUGGCGGUGGGAAAGCCUCUCGAACAGCUAAUGUCUACAACCAUCAAACUACCGGAAGCGCGAUAUCCUUAACCCCAAGCGACGUGGAGGAGCCACACCAUGUGUACACCACUGUCGUCCAGACCGUGGUAUCAGUUGCAAGGAGCUGUAAGGAUGAGAAAAUAACAGCCCUGGCAUUGUCUAUGCUUAUCCAAAAGAUUGGUCGAGCAAGCAGAGUUGUUGACGCAAAGAUCAUAACCGAGUCGGCUCUCCUGGGCACCCACAGUGGUCCUGGUGAAUUCCGGUCCUUGCUAAAACUAUACUCAAAACUCUGUCACGAUGCCUUGAUCCGAAACGAUCAAGCCACACUUGAAGCUGUCAUGAAUGCCCGUCUUCACCUCUCGAACGAGAUUCACACAACAUCACUAGCCUUUACAGUCUACAUUACGCAUCUCCUUGACACGAUCGUGAGCAAAGGGGACGCGCAUGAAGUCACCAAUCGCCAAAUUCCUGACGCGGAACUCGCUGCCCAAGAAAUAGCGCAGUUGUUGUCGCCUUUGUCCGUACUUCUCUCCAGGAAUGCCACCGUAGACGGUCUAGCCAAACUCGAUGAAUACAUCAUUAGCCUCCAGCGUGAUGCUUGGUACAACAUCGUAGUUCAUGGCUUUGAUCUUACUACCCAACGUGGACGGCAGUAUAUCAGCGAGCUCAGAACUUUAGCGCAAUAUAGCCAGCCUUUGAUUCCAGAAGGAAGAGCCGAUCACGUAGAGAGCGACGUUGAGUUGAAUACAGUCCUUCGACGAGGAAAGUCUCCAGAACAUGCAGUGGAACAGAAGAAACGCUUGCUCAAAUUAUUGCCAUCCUGCGAAGCCGACAUAAAAUCGCUCAGUUAUUCAGAGGUGGUCUUUCUAAACACGGCAUAUCUUGUUGAGGGCCUUCGCGCCGGUACUGGUGACUGCACGAAGGUACUUACUUACUUCCUAGACCCGAAGUUGCGUAGUGGUGCGAUGGGGAAUUGCAUGUUUACAAUUGCAACGGCUGCAACAAGGGCCUAUGUCAACAAGACUCUUUCCGGAAAGCUUCAUUUAUUCUCGACGCCGUAUCUUGCACAACAACUGGCAACAAUAUUCGCCGCCUGCUGCCACCGAAUCGCCAGAGUCCAAGAGGUUGCAACUGCAUCAGCAGAUAUCAUUAUUAGGGAUGUGCCUUCUACACUUUGUCAGAAAACUGCGCUCUUUGCUCUAUUAGAGCUUCUCUCGAUUAUGUGGUCUAGCUGCCUCGAGGGCGAGACGGACGAGUACACCUGGACGUCCACUUUCACGUCUACUAAAGAGAAUAUCGUAGUAGAGCUCUCGGAUGACUACAGCUUCCGUCGGACAACGUUAGGCAACUUUUAUAAACGUGUUAAAGCUUGGGUCGUUGGAGUUUUAGACAUUGCUCCCCUAGACAUCAAGGGUCUACUACAGACAUACCUCUCAGAAUACGACGACGAGGGUGCUUACGGACAUAUUUCACUUGGUCGUUCCUUCGCACUUGAGAUGGGAUCAGUCAUACCAACAACGGAUCAGCGCCUUGGUGCCAUUGAACGCCAACAUGACCUCAACAUCAAUACAGCGUCAGACUUCAUCGCUCAGUAUACAACACGCCAGGAGUACCAAUUCAUUGAUGGCUUGAAUGAUCAGGAGGAAGAAUGGCUUAGAAUCGAUAGCAAGUCGGGUGAGACCUCAAGAAGAAGGAUGUCUGUGUUUAACCGAAGCAUCGAGGAUGCUACAAAGCUACUGGUCGACCUCGAGGGUCGCACUCUCAAUCACAAGCACGUCACCAUCGCGGAAUUGCGGGACAUCCUUCGUCGAGCAUCUGCUCUCUUAUGUAGAGUGAAGAAAGACCAGUCUCCCAUCAUCCACCAUCUGGUGGGGAUUCCAUUCGCUGUGUUCACGAAGCAAUCCAUCAAACUUGGGAUUUCCCUCUGGAUGAGCGUGAUCAAGGAAAACCCUCGCAUGGAAUCCCGGAUAUUUGUUGCGAUCGCUGAAUGUUGGGAGGCCACGGUGCGCAAGAGACAAGGCAUAUUUAGUACUGCAAUAGGACACCCCGACCCGUUCUACGGCAAGCAAGAAUUCGCUCCAUCGGACAAGGAAACUCUUGUGCGACGGCAGCAGCAGAUAUACAACAUCAUAGCGCCUCACUUCCGACUCUUGCAGUUCUUGUCUAGUCAUUUCAACGCAUCCCGCCUAAGUAACCCCGAUAUAGAGCAAGUUUACAACCGGCUAAUGCACAUCACUCUGGACUCAUUGAGCAACGGAUCUCCUCAGCCCUUAGCUCGCGAAGCGUACUUCCACAUAGUUCUCUUGGGACUGCGAAUAGUACGACAUUGCACCACUUUGCCGAAUGAAAUCAAAUGGAGGUUAAAGGAUCGAAUUCUGACUGCCGGUUUAGCAUGGUUCGCAAAAGCACCUGAGUGGUCCUUUGGUGGCAAUCGCCUUCAAAUUAAAGCUGAAACGCAUGUUUUGUCCGAUGUACAAUCAUACUUGCAGGUUGUUGGGGGCGUUGGCCUGCAAUCCGGAACAGCGCUUAAGUCCCUAAAAGGGAAACAAGAGCUGCUUUCCCUUCUGUUAUCAAAUGAGCAGACUCGCUUGAUGGUUUGGCUUUUCCCCCUCGACUACCAGAAGAAGCACCAUUUUACGUCGGGGCAGCACAGCCAGACAUUGGCCGACGCUGCUGUUCCAGGUCAUUUGAAAACUGCAUGGGCGGAGAAUCCUGCUCUUGCGGUGCACCUGCCACAACGAUUUCAAUCUCAACGACUUACUACCGAAGUUCGAUGGAUGGUGCUUAAUUUUCCGCACAAAGUUCUCGAUGAACCAGAUUCUAUUGAGAUCCUACUUGAAAGUAAGCUGCCUGAUGAUGUGUCAUUCCAACUCAAGUACCUACUCUUCUGGGCAUCUGUCAACCCGAUGACUGCUGUUACAUAUUUCUUGCCCGCAUACGGAAAUCAUCCGUUCAUUAUUCAAUAUGCGAUGAGGGCACUCGAGAGCCACUCUGUAGAUGUCACUUUCUUCUACGUCCCUCAGAUUGUCCAGACACUCCGUUAUGAUGUGCUUGGCUACGUGGAAAGAUAUAUCAUCGAGACUGCGAAGUUCUCGCACCUCUUCGCUCACCAAAUCAUCUGGAACAUGAAAGCAAAUGCUUACAAAGAUGAAGAUUCUCAAAUCCCUGACCCAGUUAAGCCAACGCUUGACAAAGUAAUGGAAAGCCUGGAGUCCAGUUUCACAAGAGCGGACCGGGCAUUCUACGAGCGCGAAUUCUCGUUCUUCAACGAGGUUACGGGCAUCUCGGGCAAACUUCGCCCAUUCAUCAGCUUUGAAAAGGAGGUGAAGAAACAAAAGAUUGAAGAAGAGCUGCGCAAAAUCAAGGUCGAGGUCGGUGUUUAUCUACCGAGCAAUCCCGAAGGCGUGGUGAUUGGUAUCGACAGAAAAUCUGGAAAACCACUGCAAAGUCACGCCAAAGCUCCGUAUAUGGCGACUUUCAGGAUCAGGAAGUCGAGGCCUGAUACUGGUCUUGUUGAAGAAGAUUCUGAGCGUGGUAACGGAUCAGUACAACAACCUACGUACGAGGUGUGGCAGUCCGCAAUCUUCAAAGUUGGUGAUGACUGUCGACAAGACGUCCUUGCGCUGCAAAUGAUCGCCGCUUUCCGAGGCAUCUUCAAUAACGUAGGACUCGACGUCUGGGUCUACCCGUAUCGUGUCACUGCAACUGCUCCCGGAUGUGGUGUCAUCGACGUAUUACCAAACUCAAUAUCGCGCGACAUGCUCGGUCGAGAAGCAGUCAAUGGACUCUACGACUACUUCGUGUCCAAAUAUGGCGGCGAGGAAUCCAUCCGGUUCCAAGAAGCCCGAAGUAACUUCGUAAAAAGCAUGGCCGCCUACAGCGUGAUCUCAUUCCUCCUCCAAUUCAAAGACCGCCACAACGGCAACAUCAUGAUCGAUGACGCCGGUCAUAUCAUCCACAUCGACUUUGGCUUCUGCUUCGAUAUCGCGCCCGGUGGCAUAAAAUUCGAGCGCGCGCCGUUCAAACUCACGGGCGAAAUGAUUGCAGUCAUGGGGGGCUCCAACACAUCCCAAUCGUACCGCUGGUUCGAAGAACUCACAAUCAAAGCUUUCUUGGCAAGUCGACAGCAUUGCAAUCAUCUAGCGCAUGUUGUAGAGGUAAUGCUGGAUAGUGGACUGCCUUGCUUUAAACCGGAAACUAUUCAGCAUUUUAGAGAGAGGUUUGUGUUGGAGAAAACAGAGAGGGAGGCGGCUGAUUUCAUGAGAGAGCUGAUUAGGAAGAGCGCGGGGAGUUACAGUACUGGUGGGUAUGAUCGCUUCCAACUUUUAACGAACGGGAUUCCAUUUUAGAGGGUGGAGGCUGUUGUGGUUGGUGGGCUUGGUGGUGAAAUAGAGGAAUCCAUAUGCCUUUGCGUGACAGGGCUUUUGCGAUUGUUGCUGUGUUCUAAUGAAGGUUAUAUAAUAGCUGCACAAUGACUCGAGCUCACUCGC